AAGCUAUAAGCAGCGAGUCUUUGCUCCACUUUUCCUCGCUCCGUGCCUCUGCUCCGCCCCGUCCGUACUCCCCGCGCUGCUGAGAUCAGUUUCCUGCUUUUCGUUUCCCUCGGAACAGCGCUGUUAUUCCUCCCCCGAAAGAGUUAUUUUCAUCGGUCUGGAGCUAAUUUCUGCGUGUGGCUGUGGGUUCUGUUUGUGACAGGCGAACGCCGGGCUGGAGGAGCGGUGUCACGGCGGUCGUGGUGUGUUGCAGGGCGCCAGGGCUGUAGGCAGGAUGGCAGAGCUCUGCGCCGAAAACACUUGUGUGCCAGCUCUGUGACCGGGAAGGCAGAGGAGGUCACAGUAAUGAAAGGCAGUAGUAGGAAUAAGGAUCACUCAACAGAAGGUGAAGGAACUGGGAAGCGACCAAAAAGGAAGUGUCUUCAGUGGCAUCCCCUGCUUGCCAAGAAACUCCUUGACUUCUCUGAAGAGGAAGAAGAGGAAGAAGAAGAGGAAGAUAUUGAUAAGGUGCCGCUCCUUGGCCCUGAUGGUUUAGAGCAGGAUGCUGAUGAGACUGAAGAUGAUGAGUCCUCAGAGCAACGAGCUCGCCGACCAAUGAACGCGUUUCUCUUGUUCUGCAAACGCCACCGCUCUCUUGUGCGGAAAGAACACCCUCGACUCGAUAAUCGUGGCGCAACCAAGAUCUUGGCAGAUUGGUGGUCUGUUCUAGAUUCAAAAGAAAAACAGAAAUACACUGACAUGGCCAAGGAGUACAAGGAUGCAUUUAUGAAAGCAAACCCAGGGUACAAGUGGUGUCCCACAGCCAACAAACCUGUGAAAACCCAGGCAUCCAGUGUUACAAACAGGAAAAAGCUAUGGGCUAUUGCAUCAGACUCUGCAAAAGACUUACCAAGCCCAAGGAAAGUAACCAAAAGUGAAGAAAUGCCACAACUUAACUUUGGGAUGGCAGAUCCUACACAAAUGGGAGGCCUUAGUAUGCUGCUUCUAGCAGGGGAACAUGCACUUACUGCACAUGAGGUUUCCUCCAGUACUUGCCAGUCUGAUACAUCUAAUUCUACAGAAGCCUGUCAGAAGUCAUCAUUGUUUCAGUUUGCAGAGAUCUCUUCCAACACGUCACAGCCUGGAGUGCUGGGGGCAGUAAAACAAACGGAGGAGUCUGCGUUGUUUCAGUUUGCUGAGAUCUCAUCAAACACUUCCCAGUUGCCAAGUCCCGAGCCAGUAAAGCACUGUGGGAAGUCGGCACUCUUCCAGUUGGCAGAGAUUUCUUCAAGUACAUCCCAUUCAGGGCCUUCUGAUUUAAUGAAACAGUGUGGAACAUCAGCAUUAUUUCAGCUGGCAGAGAUGUGCCUUGCUUCAGAAGGAGUAAAAGUGAAAGAACCUGGGAAAACAAAAGUGGAAGCACUGGAAGAUGAGGAAGGGGAAGUUUCAGAGGACAUGGAAGUAGAGCUGGAGAACACAAUAGUAAAAGACUCCAGUAAUGGAAAAGUAGAACAAUCAGCGACAGAAAAAAUGCAAAACCCAGAUGAAACAAAAGCUGAGGAAUCAGAAACUGCAAGAUGCAGAGAUUUUACUAGUCUUGCAACAGAAAGCAGUCCUUUUGAGAGGAAGGAUAACACAAAGGAUCACAUGUGCCAUUCUCCAGAGCUUUUUAUGAGUGACAUGACUAUCCUUGGGCUAAAGCCAGAAAAGAUAAAGAAGAAAAAGAAAAAAAAUAAGCUGGACCAGCACACAAAUGAAAAAUCCACCCCCAAAAAAUCUUGUAAAAAGAGGCAGUCCUCUGAGUCGGACAUUGAAAGUGUAAUGUACACAAUUGAAGCUGUGGCCAAGGGGGACUGGGGUGCUGAGAGAUUCACGGAUACUCCCCGCAAAAAAAAUCGCCCUGUCUCAAAUGUGAAGGGAAGCAUGUUGGAUACAAAAUCACCAAAGAAAAAAGUGAAAUCAAAAGAAAAGAAAACAUCAAAGGAGAAACCAAUGGAGACCACCAAAGAAUCCAAACCUCCCAACUUCCUUAGUAUUGAAGCAGGCAAGGAAGUACUGUGUGAGGCUUCUGAUAACAUCAAAGUGGAACCACUGACCCCAACAGAAGAGGUGGUACCCCAAAGCUUACCAGAACAGGUCAAAACUGAGGACAGUGACUGUGUUAAAAAGACAGAAACCUGUGGCUCCAGGAAAUCAGAGAGAUCUUGCAAAGGUGCUCUUUAUAAAACUCUGGUGUCAGAGGGCAUGCUCACAUCUCUGCGCGCUAAUGUGGACAGAGGAAAAAGAAGCUCAGGAAAAGGUAACUCCUCAGAUCAUGAAGGAUGCUGGAAUGAAGAAAUCUGGGCCUUUUCCCCAAGUGGGACAAGUGGGAACAAAAAACUGAAAAAGACUAAGCCAAAGGAAGAGUUUGUUUUUGGCUUAGCAAAAUUGGAAGAGGAAUUUGCAAAGAAAUUCAACAGCCUCCCUCAAUACAGUCCUAUUACCUUUGACAGGAAAAAUUCAGCUGUCUCAAGGAAAAAGCGAAAGAUUGGAAGCGGCUCAUGUGAACUACCAAAAUCCAACAAAGCCAUACUAUUAGAAGACAGAAAUUCCGGUGAGUCUGCCUGGAAGAAUAAAAUUUCUAUAUCUACCCUAAACACUCCAGAGCCAGCAAUGAUGCAUGAGCCUUUAGUUGGCAGCCAGAAAAGGAAAGCAAGGAAAACUAAGAUCACGCAUCUUGUCCGAACAGCAGAUGGGCGAGUGUCACCAGCAGCAGGGACACUGGAGGAGAAGCCAAAAGAGCUGCCACAAAGUACUCUUCAAAAAUCAUCAAGUGUAGAAGCAGAUUGCAACAGUGAAGGCUCCAGAAACACAGAGACAGAAGAAAAUCAUAGUAUUACGUCAGAUAUGCCAGCGGUGUCUGCAUUUUUUAGCUUAGCUGCUCUGGCAGAAGUAGCAGCCAUGGAAAAUGUACACAGAAAUCAGAGGGCCACACCUCUCCCACAUGAUGGACAGCCAAAUGAAAUGUCUCAGGCUCCAGUGCUUAUUUCCUGCGCUGACCAGUGAAGCUCCACUUUAUUGUAAAACAUUGUGCUUUACCUAAUAUCCUAGCCUUGUCUUUACCAAGGGAAGCUAGUCAGUCCAUAUGAUGGAACUAGAGACUGCAAUAAAGUGCUUAUUGCUCUGAGUGGCCCAGAA